AAAAAAAAAAAUAAAAAUAAAAAAGAAAUUUUAUUAGUCACAGCUUUCUUUCUCUUUCUCUCUCUUAUUUAUGACGGUGUAUAGGUUUGGUCCACACAUCAUUCACGAAUCUCAGAUAUUCUUCAAGUCUAAGUUAGCUUUGGGAAUUGUCAACCUGAAACCUAUUGCACCGGGUCAUGUCCUUGUGAUUCCUAGGCGUGUUGCUGCUCGUUUAGCUGAUUUAGAUGUUGAAGAAACAGUCGAUCUCAUGAUGUCAGCACAGUCUAUUGGCAAUGUAGUAGAAAAGCACUAUCAAGGUACUUCUCUUACAUUGACCAUACAAGAUGGUCCUCAAGCAGGUCAAACGGUACCUCAUGUACAUAUGCAUAUCAUUCCACGUAAAAAGGGAGAUUGGGCUAAUAAUGAUGACAUCUAUCAUGCCCUAGAUUCAAAAGUCGAUAAUGAAGGACGAAAACCACGUACAGAACAAGAAAUGAAAGAAGAAGCAGAUGCAUUGCGUGUCUAUUUUAUGAAUUAACGACCUACACUAUCACUAAAACCUGCUUGCAAAUACAUUUUACGAGC